AUGACCAAGCCAAACCUUAGUGACCUAGAGUGGAAAGCAGCCAUCGAUGAACUUCUACGGAUCAAUAACAACGGCACACUGCCUCGGGAGCAUACGCAAAGGUUGCAACUGGUAUGGGGUGCGACCCGACCACUAUUAGCGCUAUCUGGAAGCGGUACGCUGCCACAGUUGACACAGACGUCCAAGGAGAAGGCGAAGAGCUCCUUCCCGGGCGUGAAAGAGCAAGCGGUUCAUCCCUAA